AUGACUUCUUCAAGACCUACACCAUCCAAUGCUACUUUUAAAGAUAAAGAAAAACCACAAGAAGUUAGAAAAGCUAAUAUUUUGGCUGCUAGAGCUGUUUCAGAUGCAAUUCGUACUUCUUUAGGUCCCAAGGGGAUGGAUAAAAUGAUUAAAACAAAACAAGGAGAUAUUAUAAUUUCAAAUGAUGGUGCUACUAUUUUAAAACAUAUGGCUGUUUUACAUCCUGCUGCUAGAAUGUUGGUGGAUGUAAGUCAUGCUCAAGAUGUUGAAGCUGGUGAUGGUACAACAACAGUUGCAAUUUUAACUGGGGCAUUUUUAGGUGCUGCUGAAAGAUUAUUAAAUAAAGGUAUACAUCCAACUUUAAUUUCUGAAAGUUUUCAAAGAGCUGCUCAAAGAAGUUGUGAAAUAUUAUUAGAUAUGAGUUAUAAAAUAGAUUUAAAAGAUAGAGAACAAUUAAUCAGAGCUGCUUCAACUUCUUUAAGUUCAAAAAUUGUUUCACAACAUUCAAAUUUAUUGGCUCCUUUAGCUGUUGAUUCUGUUUCAAAAGUUAUAAAUCAACAACAAAAUAAUGUUGAUUUAAAUGAUAUUAGAUUAAUUAAAAAAGUUGGUGGUACAAUUGAUGAUACAAAUUUAGUUAAUGGUGUUGUUUUACCUCAGAAUGUUGUUAAAAAUGCUGGUGGUCCAAUUAGAAUGGAAAAGGCUAAAAUUGCUUUAAUUCAAUUUCAAUUAUCUCCUCCAAAACCCGAUAUGGAAAAUAAUGUUGUUGUCAAUGAUUAUAGACAAAUGGAUAAAAUUUUAAAAGAAGAAAGAGCUUAUCUUUUAAAUAUGUGUAAAAAAAUUAAAAAAUCAAAAUGUAAUGUAUUAUUAAUUCAAAAAUCAAUAUUAAGAGAUGCCGUUAAUGAUUUAGCUUUACAUUUUUUAUCAAAAUUAAAUAUAAUGGUUAUAAAAGAAAUUGAAAGAGAUGAAGUUGAAUUUUUAUCAAAAGCUUUAGGUUGUAAACCAAUUGCUGAUAUUGAUAAUUUUGCAGAAGAUAGAUUAGGUUCAGCUGAUUUAAUUGAAGAAAUUGAAGAUUCUGGUUCAAAAAUUGUUGAAAUUACAAAUAUUACUUCAAAAAAUAUAAAACCAACAGUUUCUAUAAUUAUAAGAGGUGCUAAUAAUUUGAUAAUAGAUGAAACUGAAAGAUCUUUACAUGAUGCUUUAUGUGUCAUCAGGUGUUUAGUUAAAGAAAAAGCUUUAAUUGCUGGUGGUGGUGCUCCAGAAAUUGAAGUUUCAAAACAACUAAUGAAAGAAUCUCAUAAGUUAUCAGGUGUUGAACAAUUUGUUUAUCAAGAAUUUGCUCAAGCUUUAGAAGUUAUACCAACUACUUUAGCAGAAAAUGCAGGUUUAAAUCCUAUAAAUGUUGUUACUGAUUUAAGAAAUAAACAUGAAAAUGGUGAAAAAGAUGCUGGUAUAAGUGUAAGAAGAGCUGGUGCUUCAAAUACUUAUGAUGAACAUGUUUUACAACCUGUCUUAGUAAGUACAAGUGCAAUUACAUUAGCUUCAGAAUGUGUUAAAUCAAUUUUGAGAAUUGAUGAUAUACAAUUUAGUAGGUAG